UGAGGCUGGUGAAUGAUCAGACCUACUGCACUGAGUUGUUUUUUAUCAAAUGUAAAUCAUACAUUGUGAAUAUUUGGUCAAACAAUAAUAACUCUGUCCUGCUGCAAUCUUCUGCAGUAUCCAUAAUGUGUCACAUUAAAACUGUAGUGGGAAUAUCUCUCACAAUUCAUCCGCUCUGUUGCUGUUUGUCACAAGAAAAGUCAAGGAAACGAAACCUAACAUUACUUUCCAUUUCCCCUUUUCCUCUGCAAUUUCCUGAAGUAUAUCAGCUGGUGGCAUCUAGACCUGGUCUGUCUCACCCUCGUUUCUGCAUCCGAGCAGCUACACAGAUAUCAUCAUCAUCAUCAUUACGAGCAAAGACAAGACAAGGAAACAAAACCUAACUGGUUGGAGAAGCUCACUGCAGAAUUGCGACUCCACACGGACACAAAUAUGACUGUUAUCUAGCUGUCUUUUAUUGCUAAUUUAAAACCCAGUUACAGUAGAAGACGUCGUCAGCAUGAACACUCUGAACCAGCAGUAUGAGGAGAAGGUGCGUCCCUGCAUCGACCUCAUCGACUCUCUCCGCUCUCUGGGUGUAGAGAGGGACUUGGCGCUGCCUGCUAUCGCCGUGAUUGGAGACCAAAGCUCGGGGAAGAGCUCCGUGUUGGAGGCGCUGUCAGGCGUGGCUCUGCCCAGAGGGAGUGGCAUCGUGACAAGAUGUCCUCUCGAACUGAAGAUGAAGAGAAAGAAAGAAGGAGAGGAGUGGCACGGGAAGAUAAGCUACCGGGAGUACGAGGAAGAUAUAGAAGACCCUGCAGAUGUGGAGAAAAAGAUUAGAGAAGCUCAGGAUAGUAUGGCCGGGGUCGGGGUGGGGAUCAGUAAUGAACUCAUCAGUCUGGAGAUCGCCUCUCCUGAUGUUCCAGACCUGACGCUCAUUGACCUGCCCGGCAUCGCCAGGGUGGCUGUAAAGGGACAACCUGAGAACAUUGGAGAGCAGAUAAAGCAACUGAUCCAGUCGUUCAUCAAAAAACAAGAAACCAUCAGCUUGGUGGUUGUUCCAUGCAACGUGGACAUAGCAACCACAGAGGCUCUGAAGAUGGCACAGGAGGUGGAUUCUGAUGGAGAGAGGACUUUGGGUAUCUUGACCAAACCUGACCUGGUGGACAAAGGCACAGAAGACACGGUGAUUGAAAUUGUCCGUAAUGAGGUCAUCGAACUGAAGAAGGGCUACAUGAUCGUCAAGUGUAGGGGUCAGAAGGAGAUCACAGACAAGGUGUCUCUUACUGAGGCAAUAGAAAGAGAGAAAGACUUCUUCCACAGUCAUGUGCAUUUCAAGAUUCUCUAUGAUGAAGGCCAUGCCACUGUUCCUAAACUGGCGGAAAAACUCACCCUUGAGCUGGUGCAUCACAUCCAGAGAUCUCUGCCUCGACUGGAAGAGCAGAUAGAGGAGAAACUAACAGAGACUCAGGCAGAGCUGGACAAAUGUGGCAAUGGACCCCCACCUGAUGCAGCUGAGAGACAAGGUUUCCUCAUUGAUAGAGUGGCAGCAUUUACACAGGAUGCUAUCAACCUCACCAAUGGGGAGGAACUCAGAUUUGGAAGAAGGAUGAAUAUCUUUGCCACACUCAGAAUAACGUUUGCGAUAUGGAAAGAUAUCAUAGAGCUCUCUGGAUUAACAUUCAACUAUAAUAUUGUGAGAGAGGUGGCUCAGUACGAACGAACGUACCGAGGAAGAGAACUGCCGGAGUUCAUCAACUUCAAGACCUUUGAGGGCAUGGUCAAGGAGCAGAUCAAACAGCUGGAAGGACCUGCUGUCCUGAAACUCAAGGAAGUGUCAGAAAUCGUGAAGAAGGAGCUGUUUAAGUUGGCACAGAGAAGCCUGGUUGGAUUUCCUAACCUCAUCAGAACAGCUCAGAUGAAGAUUAAAACCAUCAGAAAGGAGAAGGAGGCUUUAGCAGAGUCCAUGCUGAGGACUCAGUUCAAGAUGGAGUUGAUUGUUUACACUCAGGACAGCACAUACAGCAAGAAGUUAGGGAAGCGGAAGAAGGAAGAGGAACAGCAAGUUGUGGGUGGCUUUGGUAGUCCACUAAUGAGGACAAGCACAUUUAGCACUCAUGACAGUGGGGCCACCCUGAAAGAGAUGAUUAAACACCUUAAAUCCUACUACCAAAUUGCUGGCCAGCGUCUGGCAGACCAGAUCCCGCUGGUGAUCCGCUACCAGAUGUUGCAGGAGUCUGCCAUCCAGCUGCGGAGGGAGAUGCUGCAGAUGCUUCAAAGCAGGGAGAAAACGGAGGCCCUGCUUCAAGAGGACUCUGGCAUAAAAACCAAGAGAAUCCACCUUCAGAAUCGCCUCAAACGCCUGUCAAAGGCACGCAUUCUGCUGACUGAUUUUAGUAUGAACAUAUACAACUUCAGCCCAGGGCAUAGGUCUGGUCUCAACAAUGGUUACGACACAACAGACACCCUAAUCCCCACAUCUACCCCUGCAAAAAAAUCAAAAAGAAACAGAGAAGUGCUUUCUGCUUAGGUUUAUUAACCCUCUGAGACUCACAAUAGCCUGUUUUUGUCUUUUUUAGGGAGGACAGGGGGUCUUUAGGGGGAGAUAGCAGGUCAACAGUUGAUGUCACAUAGAAGUGGUGUACAUCAUACCUCACUAAUGCCAAAUCCUGCUUCAUAGUACCGGCCUCAGGCCUGAGCUAUUACAUUUUUGAUCUCAUGACAGACAGCAGCAGACGCCCUAAACAGGAUUGUAGUUUAGAAGGAAUUUGUUUUCAUUUAUUUUCAACUUCAAUUUCAAUAACAGUUUCUUGGUGGUUUGUUUUUUAUUUUUGUUUCAUUCUGUAAAUUGUAUUUAAAGUGUUUUUGGCAGGUUGUUUUUUAUAGAAUAGAAUAGAAUGCCUUUAUUGUCAUUGCACACAUUGUAAAACGGAAUUUGCUAUGUUUAUGGAACUGUGUCAAUUCAAAUGAAGAAUAAAUUCUCCUUUUCAA